AUGAACUGUUCCUGUGCUUCCGAACGGUGUCCACAUCUCCAGUACCUUCGUACGUUGCUAGAAACGACCGCUAAGGAUCAGGUGCCAUCAUGCGCCGUCAGCCGGCAUACGUCGACGUCGGAAAAUGUGACUCUCUGGCAGCGGUGGAAACCGUACGUCGAACGAACGAUAAAACUGGCCGGGUGCGUGAUCGAAACGGUGAUGCUGCUCUGGGUGGCCCUCACUCGGGGCGCCCUUCAGCUCUGGCUGGGGCUGCUCGAUGCGGAUCGUUCCGCCGUGGCGUUGUUCCUGUUCUUCGCCCUGUCGGUGAUCAGUUCAGUUCUGCGCGGUACGACUGGACCAGUGUCAAGGUAG